CUUCUCAAGUCACACUAAAAUAUUAAGCUUUAAACAAAUUUCCAUUACUUCUAAAGAAUUUCAAACUUCCAAUGGCCAUUUCUAAAACUCUCUUUGUUUCAUUAGUUCUCUCCUUGCUCCUCCUCGAUCAAGUUCAAUCCAUUCAAACUGAUCAAGUGACCAGCAAUGCUAUUUCUGAAGCCGCUUAUUCCUACCCGAAAAUCGAUUGUGGGGGAGCAUGUAAAGCAAGGUGCCGUUUAUCAUCAAGGCCAAGAUUGUGUAAGAGAGCAUGUGGAACUUGUUGUGCUAGAUGUAACUGUGUUCCUCCUGGCACUUCUGGCAACACUGAAACUUGCCCUUGCUAUGCAAAUAUGACUACUCACGGCAACAGACGCAAAUGCCCUUAAUUUAUUAAUCUUCUUUUUAAAAUCUUCUGCUACUUAUUGUUUUCCUCAGACUAUACUAUAUGGUCCUGUCCAUAUUGUAUCAAUAAACAAAAUGUAGUAAAUGUUUUUACGAUAUUUGUUUUUGUGUCUUUUCUUUUUGAGGAAUUGUGUCCUCUCCUCUUGGUGAGUUAAUACAUUUGUAAUGCUUUGUAUUCUUGUUUGUAUUAUAUGAGAUGUGGAAUAAAUGAAGUUUUGUAUAGUUUUUGAUA